UAGAUGCAGCCCAUCAAGGACACAUCGGCUGCGGGGCAACAAAAAGAAUUUUACGCGAAUAUUUUUGGUGGCCCAACAUGAGUAAGGAUGCAGAGGAAUUCAUCGAGAAAUGUGGAACCUGUUUGCUAAUCUCAAGAAAAAAACCGCCAAUUCCCUUGUCCAGCCGUGAGAUGCCUCACGGUCCGUGGGAGAUCUUGCAGGUCGACUUUUUAACUCUCCAGGGAUAUGGUACAGGUCAUUUUCUUGUUGUCGUGGAUACCUAUUCGAGGUAUCUUCAUGUCGUGGAGAUGAAGCAUACUGAUGCAAGAAAUACGAACGCAGCACUUUGUAAAAUUUUUUGUACGUGGGGAUUGCCUUUGAUUAUUCAAAGCGACAAUGGACCCCCUUUCCAAGGCAAUGAGUUUAUCGAGUACUGGGAAUCAAAAGGAGUUAGGGUACGGAAAUCCAUUCCACUAAGUCCCCAAAGUAACGGAUCCGUCGAACGCCAAAACCAGGGUAUCAUCAAGGCCAUGGCAGGAGCAAAGGAGGAUGGCAAGAACUGGAGGGACGCAUUAGAGUGUUACACACAAACACACAACACACUCAAACAGCAUUCGCGGCUAUGUAUCACCCCUUUUGAAUUGAUGGUUGGGUGGAAAUACAGGGGAACCUUUCCAUGCCUCUGGGAUUCAGAAAAAGCAGUGAAAAUUGAUAGGGAAGAUGUUAGAGAGAACGACGCAUUUGCGAAGCUCAACAGCAAGAAAUACGCAGAUCAGCAUAGAGGGGCAAGAGAAUCAGAUAUCGCCGUGGGAGAUAAAGUAGUAGUCGCAACUUUUCAACGGAACAAAACAGACCCAACUUUCUCCAAGGAAAGAUAUACUGUUUUGACGAGAGAAGGAGCCAAGGUUGUUAUACGCAGCGAGAGUGGUGUACAAUUAGCAAGGAACGUGCAAGACGUUAAGCGUGACACAAGAGCUUCGGAAGGUAGACAAGAAUCUGGUGAGGAUGAUGUAGUCAAAAACUCCGAAAACUUGGAAGAUGCGGAAGUGGAUAAUUCUGAUCCCAUUCGAGCGGAGACGUUACAAAGCACCGGCGAUGGAACCGAUAGGAACGUUGAAGCAUAUUCCAAUUGCGAUACUAAUCAAAGACCGAAGAGAAUGUCUCGUAAACCGAACAAAUUCAAUGACAUGAUUUUAUAUCAAAUUUUUUUCAUAAACAGUAGGAGCGGAGGAGAAUGUAGGGAAGGUUAGGGAUUGGAAUAAAAACUAUAUAAAAAAAAUAUAUAUAACAUUAGUAACUUUCGUAAAACAAAGAAGAAAAGGGUAUGAAUAAAUUAAAUUAAAUAGAUGCUAGUUAAUGAAUAGCAGAUAACUAAUAUUAUAUAAAAAGAAAGCAUUCAUGAACGAAUAUGACGAAUUGAUCGCAGUGGACAUGGCAAAUAUAAACGGGCAUGCUAAUUGAAAUGGGUGGAUUGCAGUAGGCGUGGAAUAGUUGAAAAUGUUUGAAUAAAUGGGUAUGAAAAAAAGGAACUCGAAUCGCAGCAGGCGUAGGAUAUUUUUGAAAAACGGGAUUUGAAUAGGAAUGCUCAUGGGUAAAAAAAAUUGAAUGAUCGCAGCAGGCGUGGUGAAUCGAAUCAGUUUGUUGGAAAAUUUCAAGUGGAAUAAACGUGUUUUACAGUAGUGCAAAAAAA